GGGACGCGCUUCAACGAGAACGGACCUACAACAUCCACACGCAAUACAACAAAUCAAAUAAAUAAAAACGGAGACUCUCCACACGGAAUCGUGUUCUGGAUUAACACUGUUUCACCUGCGCCUUUACUGGGGAUAUCACUAAUGGUGAUCGGAUACGUUAAUUCUUGAUCAGCACUCCGGCGCCAUGAGCGGGCUUUUAAAGAGGAAGUUUGAGGAGGUGGAGGAAGAUCCGUGCUACUCUUCGUCUUCUCCCUCGUCGCUCUCCUCGUCGGCCUACUCCGGCUGGGAUUCGGAUGGCGAGAGCUGCUACUCGGACACUCUGGACUCCACACCCAGCAACCCAAGCUCACCAGUAGCGUCGUUUAGCACCACCUCCAUUCUGAAGAAAUCCAAGCGUCCGCGGAGAGGAAACGUCCAGUUUGAUCAGGUGACCGUCUUCUUCUUCCCACGAUGCCAGGGCUUUACCAGUGUGCCCAGCAGAGGCGGUUGCACAUUGGGCAUGAUGCAGAGACACAGCGCUCAGAGAAAAUACACGCUGGCAGAGUUUGCCAUUGAACAGCGCCACCUACGACGUGAGAAACUAAAGAACAGGAUGAGGGAAGAGAAGCUGGAAGCCCUCAAGCAGAAGCUGACUAAAAAUGGUACCCAGGAGUCUGAAGAGGCCGACCAGCUGACCGUGGACGACAUCCCUGAGGACGAGAUAGACCUCAGCGGUGUGAACCUGGAUAGUGGCUCGUUCCUGCACCCGUACCCGUCCAAGAGGCGGCACGCCAUCCUGAAAGCUGCCGGAGUAAAGAAAAUCGAUAAGGAGGAGAAGAGGCAGCUGCACGCGCUGCGUCUGUCGCGGGAGGACUGCGGCUGCAGCUGUCAGGGCUUCUGUGAGCCUGAAACAUGCAGCUGCAGCUUGGCGGGCAUAAAGUGUCAGAUGGAUCACUCGUCCUUUCCUUGUGGCUGCACCAAGGACGGCUGUGGGAACACGGAGGGCCGCAUUGAGUUCAACCCCAGCCGUGUCCACACCCACUACAUCCACACAAUCAUGAAGCUGGAGCUGGAGAAGCGCCUGGAGGAGCACUCGACCGAGAACGAGCCAGCUGAGGAUGAGCAGGGCGACUCCUCUGACCUCCGGCCAUCAGAGGGUGGAGACGAACCAGACAGCUCCAGCUUCCAUUUUAACUCCGAGCUAGCGGCGGUGGGAGAGAACAGCUGCAGCAGUGACAUGACGGACUCUUCCAGUUCAUCAGGCCAGAGUGAGGAUUCAGAAGUAGGAGAGAGGCCUCAGAGCGAGCAGUCGUCCUUAGACGUGGACGAGAACGGACUCACGCGAAUCCUGAGCUUCAGCGAUACGGAUAACGAGGACUGCUCUGUGCAAGGCAGGCACCUUAGGGCUAGCAUGGACAACUGCAGACAAGAGCAGCGAAGGACUGAGCCAGCUUCUGUGGGGUAUGGCAUCUUCAGUACUGUGGAAAAUGUGGACAAUGACGAUAACACUUGCAUGCCACCAAUGGACUCAGACAGCAGAGCCGCAGCCAUGUCUGAACUUUUGGACGAAAACGCAAAUCAAGGAAACGCUCUUUUCCACAGCGGAUCUGUUCCCAACACGCCCUCACCUUCAAUUGACCGCUCAGCCAGUUACAUGGACCUCAGCCUGUCCUCAGAGUCAGAUUUAGAGUUCUUUGAUGGUUUUCCCUGCCUAGGACCCAGCUCACUGUACAACUCCCUCAAGGAGUACGAGCAUUUGGACAACUUAUUUCAGUUCCAGCUGCCUGGAUACCCCAGCCUUCCCCCAGCUAAUGACUCAGGCACAUGUCUCUUGGAGUCACUCAUCGGCUUGUCGGAAUCGGUCCCAGAACCCCCUGCAACAUUCUCAGACAAUCAGAUGCUGGAAGAAGCCAUUAAGUUGUCUGUGAUGGAGUAUGUGAAAGUCUGAAGCGGAGGCUGAUGUUAAUAGUUAACACUAUAAAAAAAAAUUAUAUGAUUGUAAAUGAACACAUUUUUGGUGUAAUUUUUUGUUGUUUAUGGAGGCUGUUUUGCCCUCUUUCUGAAGCUGAGAUUUGCAUUAUUUGCCUUUAAAAUGUUAGCAGAGCAUUUUAUUAUUAUUAUUAUUAUUAUUAUUAUUGCCAUUGAAGUGGCAGCUAACAUUUAGGUUUAAAGUCUGUUUUUUUUUUUUUUUUAAUAUUUGUACAUACGGCCAGGAAGAUUCGUCACCCACAUUGGUGUUAUCAUUAAUAUUAUUACUAUUGAUAAGAUUAUUUAUAUGAACUUUAAAUUGGGGCACAGUUGGGAGUCUUUUGAAGAAAAAAAAUGCUGAAUGAUGCACCUCAGGGACUUUUUCUAGCUUUUGGAAGCAAUGCAUUGUGACCAUCGCUGUGAUGGACCCUAUUUGGCUUUUUUCCAGAGUAUUUCCACCAAAACCCCAAAACGCAAGCGGUGUUUUUACGUCCCCCUCUCUAAUUUUUUUAGGGUCUAUACUCAAUCACAAAGCUAGAGGAAGACUCCUCCUGUUCCACACAAUACGGCUCAUUGGGAUCCAUAAUGGUACACGAAUCCCACCCCCGCCCCCCGCCAAAGGCUCCUCAAUUAGCACUUUAUCUGUGAAAAUAUCAAUAAAAGUCGAGUGGGGGGCAGAUGGUUUGGGGCCGUGUUCGCUCCUCCUGCGUUUACACCGUUUUUGGUGUUGACAGCACAAGAGUCGAGAUACUGAGCGUUCAUUAUUUAUUUACAAACCACACCAAGAAUAUCUCAGUUGUGGAGCAAGGUGGCAUAACUGUGAUAUCUAUUUACCAUUUACUACUUAUGACUUUAUUUAUUCCUUAAGUUUUGAGUUAUUUAUUUAUCUCCGAAUCACCAACUGAAUAUCUGAGCCGCCCUGCGCUCUGGUCAAGCGAAAGAAAGCAGCUUUUUUUUCUGUGCGAUGUUGUGGAGAGUCCAUUCAUUCACUAACCUGUGUGAAGCGAAUCUGAAGUAAUAUUUUAGUUAAAUUAUUUCACAUGUUGUCAUUUCAAUAGUAUUCUCUAAUUUAUUAAUAGGUUGGGCAAUAAACGGAGUGGCGUGCAUAAAAAAAAAAUUAAUAAAAAAAAAAGAGAGAAAUUGAAAAAAAAGGAGGAAAAAAGGUUUCCCAAUGUGCCUGAUAAACCGAGGAGCCAUGGUCAAGAAUAUAGAGAGGAUUUCUUUCGUGAAACUGAACUCUGGAGUGAGAAGGAAAACCCUGUUUAACCUACCUAUUUCCUAAAAUCACUCUCAUGGUGCUUUACUGCCCAUGGUAUUGCCUACAAUAUAGAGAAUUACACUAAAAUGUUCUAAUUUAUGUAGAAUUCUAAUCUCUAUCAUUGACAAACUAUUUUAUUAAGAAAAAAGCCACAAUUUCUUUUGUCUUCAAAUAUGGAAACAUUUGUAAUAUACUAAUAUAGUUGAACUUAUGCUCAUGGAAUUUAUUCUGGCCUGAUGUGCAGGCAUGAAGAUUUGCCCUUUUCAGUAGAAGUGAGACAGACUUGGCUAAGCUAAAUUUGAUUGUAUUCAGAAUGUUUCGGCAGAAAUGACUGACCACAUGGAUUGUGGAUGUAAAUUUAUUAGUUUCUGAAUGAAUUCUGCAUAUAUUAUGCAAAAAAAAGUAUCCUAUUAUGCAAGGGAAAAAAAGAAGCUUUUUUGUGUUGCCCAUGUCUCUGAACUUGAAAAUGAAGGUGGUUCGGUCUGCGUCGUCCUAACAGACCAAAACAAAGCCGGACAUGAUGUACAUAUCCAACCAUAGCCUGUUUUAACCUUCUGAAGCUAUUGCAUGUGAGAUCCAUUCAUACCUUCAGUCUCAGUAUAUGAUUUUGCCAGCGCAAAAAAAAAUGCACAAUCAGAAAUGUAUUUGUUUUUUUGUUUUUUUUGCCUUCAUGUGCUCUUCUUGAAACUCAAAAGGUUCAUUUCCAUCCUCAAGAGGGCACUGCUUUUUGCGCAAGUAUACCUUAUUUCCUUGUAAAAAUGUAUCACUUCUUCUGAAGAAAUGGAAAAUGAUGGGUAUUUAUUAGUCCUAAUUAUUGUACGUUUUGAUCUACGAUGCUUUUGAAAGUGUUUCUUAAUUUUUGCCUUUUAUGUUGUACAUAUUUUCUGCUUAAAUGGUACUACAAGAGCAAACGAAGCUGCUUUUUUAUAUUUUCACGCUCGACAGUUUAAAGCUGUUCAUUUCAUUCAAGUCUUUUGACAGUAGUUUGUCCUUUCAAAAUAAAAGUUCAGCUUUUUUCUUACA